AUGCUUCGGCUGGGCGGUUUCCGCCGCGUGGUGCAUCGGCUCAGUCGGCCGUACAACGUCCUAGCAAUGGAGAGCUCCUGCGAUGACUCUGCGGUUUGUUUAAUCGAUCGGUUGGAAUCGGGGCCAAAGCUCGUCGACCAUCGGAAAAGCACGUUGAAUAGUGCAAAAGAAGGCGGUAUAAUCCCCAUCGAUGCACUUGCCCACCAUCUCCAGCAGCUGGCUCCACUUGUCCAAAGUAUGCUCGAGGAAAAUGGAAGGCCCAAAAUAGACCUGGUGUGUGCUACCCAAGGUCCUGGCAUGUUUUCGUCACUAGCAGCUGGCCUGCAGGUGGCUAAAGGACUCGCCGUCGCUUAUAACGUACCCCUGAUCCCUGUACACCAUAUGCUCGGGCAUUUACUUACCCCGAGAUUUUUCACAAACGGACAAUCGCCCACCUAUCCAUUCUUGAGCCUUUUGGUCAGUGGAGGUCACACGAUGUUGGUUUUGUCCGCAUCGGUGACCUCUCACCGAGUUCUUGUGGACACAAUUGACAUCGCAGUUGGAAAUGCUGUGGAUAAAUGCGCAAGAUCACUGGGGUUAGUGGGGAACAUGUUGGGUAAAGAACUGGACGAAUUCUGUCGCACCGGGGAUGUCGCACAAAUCCCGGACGACCUCAACUUCCCGUUGCCGUUGGAAAAACGUGCUGCCGCCUCAUCGUUGGCUUUUUCAUUUGCACAUUAUGCCUCAAUCAUGCCCCGAGUAUCAAAAAAGUUUGCAUUGGAUCCACUAGAAGAGCAACCUGAGGAAAUAAGGCGAGCAAUCGGGAAGAGACUUCAAGCUGAUAUUUUCCAUCAUAUUUCUAGAAAGACCACAAGGGCACUAAACCAAUUGGUCGAGGACGGGGUUAUACCCAAAACCCAAUCUAUAGACUUUGUUUGUGCCGGUGGAGUGGCUGCUAAUAGUGUUUUAAGAUCGACUCUGGAAACACUCAAAAGUCCAGUGCCUCUGAAAUUACAUUUCCCUCAUUUGGAAUGGUGUACGGACAAUGCACUAAUGAUCGGCUGGGCAGGGAUUGAAAUGUAUGAGGCGGGUAUCAAAAACUCCGGGAUGGCAGCGGUGCCACUGGCAAAAUGGCCGCUCAGCUCGUUUCCAAGCGAGACGGCAUGA